CGCAACUUUGAAAAGUUGAAUAAAAAGCAACGCAUAAACGGGGGGAGAGAGAGAGAGAGAGAUAGAGUUAUCAUCGUUAUCAAAUAUCAACUUGUCAUUAACAUUUGACUUCACCACCACUAACCACCGCCACGAUGGACGACGAGCCACCGAUCUACCGUCUCCCACACGACACACUCCACCAGAUCUUCUCCUCUCUCCCUCUCCGCCAAAUCAUCAUAUGCCGUUCACUUUCCAAAUUCUUCCACCACCUCCUCACCACCCCUUCCUUCCUCCACCUCAUCUCCACCACCCACCCUCCCCUCCACCUCCUCGCCCUCCGCCAUCCCCACAACCACCACCACCACUCCCUCCACCUCUUCGACCCUGACCUCAACAUAUGGCUCAACUUCCCCUUAAACUUCCUACCUUUCCGUUCCCCUCUACCCGUUGCCUCAUCCCAAGGAAUCAUCUACCUCUGGGCCGAGUCCAACUCGCCCGAGUCAAACUCGUCCAACUCGCUCAACUCAUCCAACUCGCUCAACUCGCCCAACUCGCCAAUCACCAAAUCACUCCUCGCCUGUAACCCCUUAACUCGCCAAUUCCGAGUCCUCCCCCACCUCGGCUCCGCCUGGUCACGCCACGGUUGUGUACUCGUCGACUCGGCAAACCGAGUCAUGGUACUCACCGAACUCGCCGCACUCUACUUCUCCGGCGCUGGUAACCACUGCUGGCUAAAAUUCUCCUCCAAUCUUCCCUCCAAGCCACGCAGCCCUGUCCUUGUCGGCGACUCAGCCUUCGCCCUCUGCGAUGUCGGCUCGCAGUGGCGGAGCCAGUGGAAGCUCUUCUCCUGUAACCUGGCUGCGCCGCCGCCUGCCGCGACGGCACAAACAUGGUCGCGGCUCGAGCGGCAAGAGUGGGGAGAUGUCUUCGACAUCAUGAAACGGCCGCGGCUUGUGCGCGGCUCAGGUGAUCGGAUUCUGAUGGUUGGCGGUUUGAAGUCGUCGUUCUCGGUGAACUCACCGUGCUCGACUAUCCUGAUCCUGAGGCUCGAUCUUGGCUCGAUGGAGUGGGACGAGGCCGGGAGGAUGCCGCUGGAGAUGUUCCGGUGCUUCCAGGAGUCGAGUAAGUUCAAGGUGUUCGGCGCCGGAGAUAGGGUUUGCUUCUCUGCAAAGAGGAUCGGGAAAUUGGCGCUGUGGGACCGAUGUGCCGCUGCGAAAGGAGGAGCGGAGUGGUGCUGGAUCGAGAACAUUCCGGGCAAUGGAGAAGGGCUCCACCGGGGAUUUGUCUUCGAAGGGAGGCUCAAUGCUUUGCCUUGAGGAAUUCACUGAUUCUGUUUUGUUUGCUGUUGUGGAGUUCAUAAUUGGAGUUUGGUAAUAACAUGGUGUUCAUUAAAUUUUAUAAAAAUGUUGAUGGGGUGCGGAUCUGAUACCUGAUCCAUAGGUAAUCCAAUCAUGGAAGAGAAGAGGUGAGUUUUUGUAAGAGGAAAGGUAUGUAUGGCUAGACCUGAUAAGCUCAAUUUAAUGUAGAUUUUCAAACGUUUGCAAUUUUAUGUGAUAAUCAAAUGAAUUUAGCAUGACCCCUUUGUGCUUGUGAAAGUUACUUUGUAUAAGCUGUUGAGCACAUUGCCUCUGACCUUUCAAGUUAACUAUGAAUUUGAUUUCUUUAUCAUGUCAUUUUGAAUUCAGAAUAGCAUAACCUUUGAUGUGAUUCUUCUAUUUGUUGAUUCUUGUGUAGACUGACCUAAUUACCCAAAUAAAGAUCAAGCUUUCCACCACUCCUUCCAACCCCAUGUUUUAAACUACAAAUUCUACAAUUAUUUCCAAGCCUACAAUGGAAUUAGGUUAUAUAGCUUCCCGUAGCCCGUAGGCAAUUUAUUGUUCUCUUUACUUUUUUCACAUUUACUAUUGCCAAAGUAAAAAUGAUUGCCCCCAGUAA